UACGGUACGCUUAUUGCUUUAGUACAACUCUCUGUCACCACAGAGUGCAUGAGUGUUGCGAUGGCUUUGUCAGGAAAGUUGCUUAUUCCGGUGAUCGGCGUGGUGCUGCUGUGUGGAGUAGUGUUUGCGGGCGAGCUCAACUAUGACGACAUCAAUACGUUGCCAACGGAGGAGAAGCGUCGUAUCAUCCGGGAGCUGCUGCGGGCUCAGCGAGACAUUCGCGGUGCCCUGCUCAAGAUUCACUACAGCCUGAAUGGGGAAGAGUUCGAUGCGGACGGUAAGGAGGACCCAUACUGGCAGGGAUGCUGGGAUAAGGAGUUGGCCGGCUACAGGCAAUCGAUCGAGGCGAAGGUAAACGCGCUGAGCAGUGGUCUGGAGCAGGCACACCAGCUGAUGGAUGAGAUCAAUGAGCGGGUGAAGCCGCACUGGUACGGACAUCACAAGCCGGGCUAUGGUGGUUCGUAUGGUGAGUAUGGCCCACCAGGCUACGGUCCAGGAUACGGUCCGGACUAUGAAGGCGGCUACAGACCAGGUAAGCCCACGUUCCCGGAGACUACCAGCUACCGACCGACCACGGAAUCGUACAACCCCGGCGGUGAUGAUGAUGAUUAUUACGCGCGGAAUCGUCCCGUAGGUGGCAACCGACGAUAUGGUCGCGAGCUGGACGUGUCCAAGCAGACGGAAGCCGAAGCGACACAGGCCGAGGUGAAGGCAGAGAAAGCGGUUGAUCCGAUCGAGGAAAGCGCAGUCAUCGAUGCACUAGAGCAGCUGUCCGAGGCGAAACAGUAGGGAACACGAAUCUUGCGAUACACAACCGAAAACAAGCUAGGAUUAUUUAUUAGGAAACACUUUGGAAUCAUUCACACAAAAAACACUGUUUACAAUAAAUCAAACUUAAAAUGAA